AUGUGGGCGAACUUUGCUCGCAGCAAAUUUUCCACGGCUGGGAAUACUACAACGAACAGGAUCGAGUCAAACUGGAAUCAAGUGAAAAUACUGUUGGGGCACAAGACACGAAUUGACAAGACUAUUGCGGGCUUGGUGCAGCAUCAAAUCAUGAUAACUCAGCAGAUCGGGUUCGUCAUCGCGCAGCACCAUUCGACUUCGCCCAAAGUGAGAAAAGAGUGGGAACGAUUUGUGAACUUCAUGGCAGAUGCGACUUGUGAGCGUACAGCGUCGAGUCCUUCACAAUGGAAAAUUAUUGCGGGAAUCAAACCUUUCGCUGUCACGAUUCACCAUUUACCAUGUCGUCAUCUUAUGUACUUAGCACGCGAGGGGCAUGGCUUCAAACUGCUUCCAGCUAUGGCAAUUCAUGAUCGGUGGAGUUCGUACCAGACCUUGGAAGUGAAAAACGAAUUGACGGCUGCAGCGGAAAUGUUACAGCCAAUUGUGCAGAUGUCC